GGAACAGACAGUUCUGGUAGCUCUCUCCUGCAGAGCCUUGUAAGCAACAGAUCUCAUCAGAACCAGGUCUCAGAAAUUGUUGAGAAGUUUCCUGCAGCCUGAAAUGACAGAGAGCACUGUAAAAAGGACACCCCUAUUUUAUACCUAAAGAAUAUUGCUUAAUUGGUAUUAAUCUGAAGAAAUAUAUUGUACGGUAAGGCUUUUGACAGACUACCAACCUUCUGAACACCCAGAGAGCAUUUAAUUUUUGUCUAAUCACAAGAACCUAAUGUCACUGCACAUGCUACAAUGGAAACUCUAAGACAAAUACAAAGCUUUGGCAUCUGUGUUACCCAUAUGUAUCCCGUAGUAUCGGGUGUGGUGUUCACCGCUCUUCUAGCUUCUUGCUGCUCAUCUGUGACCAUAAGAGCUCGUCCACUUGUUCCUAAUUCACCUUUUCUUUCUAUCUGGAAUGCUCCUACAGAACUUUGUACUGAAAAGACUGGAGUGCAGCUGGACAUGAAUUUUUUUCCUCUCAUUGGAAGCACACUGAAGACAUCCAUCGGGCAAAACAUCACACUUUUCUAUCCAGACAGGCUUGGCUACUACCCUUACAAAAAUGAAGUCACAGGAGAGGCAUUCAAUGGAGGACUUCCUCAACUCUCACUGCUGGAGAAUCAUUUAAGAAAAGUCAAAGAGGACAUCCAGUUCUACAUUCCUUCAGAUGAACAGCUUGGAUUGGCUGUCAUUGACUGGGAAAACUGGAGACCCGUGUGGAUAAGGAACUGGGGAUCAAAAGACAUUUAUAGACAGGAAUCGAUUGAACUGGUUCAGCAGAGAGACCUCAGUCUAUCUGAAGCUGAAGCCAGAACUAUAGCUAAAAUGGAAUUUGAAGCUGCAGCAAAAUCAUUCAUGUUGGAAACUUUGAAGCUGGGCAUAGAAAUGAAGCCAAAUCGUCUGUGGGGAUAUUACCUUUAUCCAGACUGUUAUAACUAUGAUUACAAACAAAACCCAUAUAAUUAUACAGGAGCCUGUUUAGAUAUUGAAAUAGAAAGAAAUAAUGAGCUUAAUUGGUUAUGGAAGAAAAGCACAGCACUUUAUCCAUCUGUCUAUCUAGAGACAGCUUUAAGAUCCUCCAGAAAUGCCCAGCUCUUUGUUCGCAACAGAGUUCAAGAAGCCAUUAGAACUUCCUAUGUCUCUAAUUCUACUCAUCCCCUUCCAGUUUUUGUAUAUACACGUCCAGUAUUCACAGAUGUCUAUGAGGAAUAUCUCUCUGAGGAUGACCUGGUGAAUACCAUUGGAGAAUCUGCUGCACUGGGUGCUUCUGGAAUUGUGAUCUGGGGUGAUAUGAAUUUAACACAAAAUAAGAAUACCUGUAGAAUUCUGGACAACUACCUCAGAAGGACUUUGACCCCAUACCUCAUCAACGUCACAAUGGCAGCCAGAAUCUGUAGCCAAGUGUUAUGCCAAGACUCUGGUGCUUGUGCACGGAAAAAAUGGAAUUCCAGUGACUAUCUUCAUUUGAACCCUGAGAAUAUUGUAAUUCAAAUGACAAAGGAUGGGAAAUACACUCUACAAGGGCAACCAUCACUUCAGGAUCUGCAAACAUUGAUAGAAAAAUUUGAUUGCCACUGUUAUGCAGGGCACAGCUGUGAACCUAGAGCUGAUAUAAACGACAUCCAUUACCUCCAUGCUUGCAUUUCAGAAGAUACUUGCAUUCAGAUAUCCCCAAAUUCCUUUUCUAACAUAGAAGCCUCUGAAGAAAAGAUCCUGUCUAACAGAACUGCAUUUUCAUUUCCCUCUGAGAGUAAGGUGACAUUAUCUACACAUCCUGAAAUAGAAGAUUUCCAAUCUACCUUUAGAAAUAAUACACUUAAUAUAACAACUGCAGAAUAUAACACUAUCACAGCUGCCAGUAGAUAUGAUUUAGAAGCAAAUGAUACUCGUACUUUCAGUAGCUCUUCAUCCUAUAAGAUAAAGAUGUUUAAUCUGUUUUGCUUAAUUGUACUUUUGAGAACCUUAAUACAAAUGACCCACGAAAGUGAGAAUAUUCUUUUCCCUGGCUAUGUUUGAAAUUCUAAAGGUUUUAUUUACAAAACAAUCAAUCAAACAAACAAUUCCCUAAAGGCUUAUGGUCUUAUCUGUAUCAGGUAACUUUUCAUAAUUCAUAGAUGACACUUCAGCUUGAAUGUAUUUCUUCAGUUUAGUUCUAUAAACUACUAUUUGUGCCAAAGACAUACUGGUCUGUAUAUGCUGACUAUACUAUAUGACAGGAUAAUCCAGAAUACAAAACAUUUUUUACAGUUUACAUUUUUUACUGUUAUAUUUAAAACAAAAAUUUGUGACAAUGCUGUUUUGUGUACUCUAAGUCAAGAUAGUUAAAUAUAUAAUACAUAAAAUAGUUCAUCAGGUUUGAUGCUCUAUGCAAGAAUUAAUUUCAUUCCAUAUGA